GGGAGGGAGGGAGGGGGGCGAGGAGGUGAACGGAGGGUGAAGAGGAAGAGUGCUGAGGGAGAGAGGGAAAGACAAAAGAAAUAGGAGGAGAGACGGAGGAGAGGCAGAGCGAGGGAGCGGAGAGUGGAGCUGUAGGGAAAUGGCUUCAGAGGAGACGGCUGGAGGGGCACGCAAAGCCACCAAGAGCAAACUGUUCGAGUUCCUCGUCCAUGGAGUGCGUCCCGGUAUGCCAUCAGGACCACGGAUGCCCCAUCAGGGGGCGCCAAUGGGUCCUCCAGGCCCACCGUACGGAGGAAACUCUACUGUUCGCCCUGGGCUCACCAAUCCGCCAAUGGAGACCAACCGCAAAAGGCCCGCCCCCUCUCAACAACACAUGCAACAGCAGCAGCAACAGCAGCAAGCGGUACAGAACAGAAACAGGAAGAAGCCGGUGGGAUUUCCUGGAGCCAGUGAGGUGCCAGGGAGGCAGAUGGACAUGAGAGAGGCCCAAUCAGAUCCCACACUCGGAUCAAACACCAAGAGGAGGAAAAUGGCUGAUAAGAUUCUUCCACAAAGGAUCCGUGAACUAGUCCCAGAGUCCCAGGCUUAUAUGGACCUGCUGGCCUUUGAGCGCAAACUGGAUCAAACCAUAAUGCGCAAGCGGGUGGACAUCCAGGAAGCACUGAAACGACCCAUGAAGCAAAAGCGCAAACUGCGACUCUACAUCUCCAACACCUUCAACCCAGCCAAGCCUGACGCAGAAGACUCGGACGGCAGCAUUGCGUCCUGGGAGCUACGGGUGGAGGGAAAGUUACUUGACGACCCAGGAAAAGUGAAAAGGAAGUUUUCAUCCUUCUUUAAGAGCCUGGUGAUUGAGCUGGACAAAGAUCUGUAUGGACCAGACAACCAUCUAGUAGAGCUGCUGAGCAGCGGAGCUCAGUGGCAUCGCACUCCCACCACUCAGGAGACCGAUGGCUUCCAGGUGAAAAGGCCAGGCGAUGUCAAUGUACGCUGCACUCUGCUGUUAAUGCUGGAUUAUCAGCCGCCUCAGUUCAAGUUGGAUCCGCGGCUUGCUCGGCUGUUGGGUAUCCACACUCAGACACGCUCGUGCAUCAUCCAGGCUCUGUGGCAGUACAUCAAAACCAACAAGCUGCAGGACUCCCAUGACAAGGAGUACAUCAACUGUGAUAAAUACUUUCAGCAGAUUUUUGACUGCCCUCGUCUGAAGUUCUCCGAGAUCCCUCAGCGCCUGACUAACCUGCUGCUUCCCCCUGACCCCAUUGUCAUAAACCACAUCAUCAGUGUGGACCCAAACGAUCAGAAGAAAACAGCCUGCUACGAUAUAGACGUCGAAGUGGAGGAUCCACUCAAAGCCCAAAUGAGCAACUUCCUGCUCUCGACAGCCAAUCAGCAGGAGAUUGCCUCUCUUGACAACAAAAUCCAUGAGACUAUCGAGUCCAUCAACCAGCUGAAGAUUCAGAGAGACUUCAUGCUCAGUUUCUCCCGCGAUCCCAAAGGUUACAUCCAGGACUGGCUGAAAUCCCAGAGCAGAGAUCUCAAACUGAUGACGGACGUCGUCGGGAAUCCCGAGGAGGAGAGGCGGGCGGAGUUUUACUACCAGCCCUGGUCUCAGGAGGCGGUCAGUCGCUACUUCUACUGCAAGAUUCAACAGAGAAGGCAAGAGCUGGAACAAGCCCUGGCUCUGAGGAAUACCUAGACCAAACCCAGACACCAGCUCACACUCUGACAACACUUCCACAGUCUGAGCCACACGAAUGUCCUCAUUAUCGCCACAUUGGUUUCUACAGUGAGUGUGUGAGUGUGUGUGUGAGUGUGUGUCUUCAUGUUUCAGUUGUCACUGUGACCCAGGACCCAAUUCCACACAGCCAUUCCCGAGGACCGCUUCUGUUUCUGUCUCAGCCAAUCACGGUGCUCUGCCUCACGUAUUUCACAUCAAGACAUCGAGUCACGGACCUACUUCCCGUAUCCUCGAUCCAUAAUGCUGAUCUUUAAAACGUGACACUUAAAAAAAAAAAAAAAAAAGAAAAAAAAAAGAAAAAGUGUCGUGUAGCGCAGACACGGACCCAGUUGCAAACGUCGUCGUUUAGGCCGACAGAAUUCCUUUUAAUACACGUUUUAACGCUUUCAGUAGUUUCUCAGUAUUAUUGCUUCGAUCACGUUUGUGAGGUCAUAUUUCGUAGUUUCCGUCUCUCUGUAAAGAGCUCUUCCGUAAGCUGCUGCUUAAUAAGAGUGUAAUUCUUGUUCAUGUACAAAUCCUUGAACUACCUACGUUAGGAUUGUGUACCUUCCUUCGCUUUGAGUUGUAGCCAAUUGUGAUCAUUUUCUACGUGGUGUGCGUCAGGUUAAAGAGGUAUGACGUGGAUGUGUCACGACGGGGAUGAACGAAUCGAGACUUCAUAUAUGUAAAAGCUCCAGAAGGCGAAUGGAAUAAGCUACAACGUGGUAGCUGUUACAUCAUGAAAUAAUGUAAUACUAUAAGGCAAGCUAGUUAGCUACUGGACAUUUGUCCAUCCCUGAACUCCCAUUUGUAGCUACAAGUUCCCAGAUUCAGGACUCUGUAUUCACUGUGAAGUAUUAUUCUAUUGGAAAGGAAGGGUUUUAUCUCAUACACAGUACCGACUUCACAGUAUUUGGAGUUUCACACCAUACUUCACCUUAGUUAGCCUACGUGCUAAUCACUGCAUUAUUAACAUGCAGCGUUUCUUGGUAAGUUCAUACAUAGAGUAAGUCCGAUGUAGGUAGCAACAAGUUGUACAUAUGUAAGAAUGACUCCGUACUAAACACUAAAGCCACAAUCUAAAGUGGAGUCUUUUUUUUUGCUUGAUCGGUAUUUAUGAAGUGUAACACGUGACCCGCAUACAUUUCUGAACAGUUCAGACCUACGACCAAUAAGAUCUUUGUGCUCGGAGGAUUAGGAUGUGCUCACUCGGGUCGACUGUAAUCUAAAACGUCUUGGCAGGGUACUCGCUCGUCCAAGGUUUUCCAAACUAAACAGAAGGAGGAAGAGAGCGAGAGAGACGUAACGCGUAGCCGGUUAGCUUUUCUACAGCGUUUUCCUCAAAAGUAGUAAAAGUAGCCUCGUUUGAACGUUCGAGAGCUUCCCAGCUAUAUUCGUUGUUUGACGUUUACAGCAGUGUUGGCACAGUAAAACAAAACAAGCUGAGACUUUAUUCAAUCGUAACCCUAAAAACAGACCCGCGCACGGUUUCUACACAAAUAGACGAUCGCGACUUCCGACUCCAAACAGUGUGGAACAUGUCACAUAUGAUUAAGAUCAUAUAAGUAGAAGGUCUCGGAAACAAACCCGUGCGGUUUUUCUUCCCAUCCCCCAAGUAUAAUGAUCUAAGCUGCCGGUCAGCAGUCGACGUGUCCGAAUCUGCUUCCUCCAGCCGAGUAUUUGCAUCUGACUGAUGUUCGUUAAACGACAGUUCCUACUCGAAGGAUUUGCAGUGUUUUAAAACACUUUCUUUUGCAAGGUCGUUAACCCACAAUGAAGGUUAUGUGUAAAGAAUGAAGUCCAGUAUGAAGCGUCGUCAAUUCUUCCAAAAUAAAAUAAUUUAAAAAAAAAAAUAAAAAAAAA